AUGAUCAUCUCCGAGCUGGUGACCGUGGUGGGCGUCGGCGGCGGCGGUGGCGGCGGCGGCAGUAGCAGCGAGGACGACGCCAUGGGGGUGGAGCCGGCCGCGUCUCUGGUGCAGCAGCGGGUGCUGGAGGCCCCGCUCAUCCCCCAGCGGACUCACUCGCUCCUCUACGUGCCCAAGAAGCUGGUGAGGACCGACGGCGGCGUGGAGACCUUUGGCGGCCCGCACGCGGACCCCGCCGCCGCCGACAAUCCCGCUCCUCAUCCCUACGACGACGGCGGCGGCGGCGGGGGGAGCCCCCUGCAGUCCCCCAGCCGAGACCAUGACUCUUUGUACGCGAGCGCGCCCCGGCUGAAGGACGAGGACUCACCGUGCCCCGAGAGCUGCAGCAGCCCGGACGCCCCGCCCUCGGCGGAGGAGGACCUGUCCCCGUCCAAGGGCAGCGAGAACGAGGACGUUUACUACAAGAGCAUGCCCAACCUGGGGGCCGGCCAGCAGCAGCUCCAGGCCUACUACCAGAUCAGCCGGGUGGGCAGCGACGGCUACAUCAUCCCCAUCACCACCCCCACCAAGGAGGGCUGCGUUCCCGAGGGAGACGUGCGGGAAGGACAGAUGCAGCUAGUGACGAGCCUUUAA